GCUUUUGAUUUUGAUUUUGAACGCUCGGAAUGAGGUUGAGCCGCUGGCGGCUGAGAGACGGGGUUCGAACUUUGAAGACGGCUACCGCGCAGGGCGCUCGAAUCGCGGACCCCGAUCAAGAGUCAGGUUACCCGAUCGCAGUUCAUACUUCAUUCCAGUCUUUCCAUAGAAUUCGUUCGUUGUUGUUGUCAACUGCGAAAGAGUAUUUUUUAGAAAGCUGCGAACGCCCGAGGAUCGUGGAUUAUAUCGCUUCUCGCCUUUUUCCGACAUCCGAGGAACCGCGUCUGCCACGAGAGAACCGGAACCUUUUUUUUAAAUGUGAUUUCAACUUUGUUGUUCCUCGCCGAAGACGGAAAAUAAAAUGGCAGGGGUUUUCGAUAUUGAAUUGCACGAUGCAGACGUGAAGAAGGAAGACUCCGAUGAUGACACAAUAGAAGUCGAAGAGGGCGACUAUGACCAGGAUCCGAACGUGAAUGCGAUUAUCGACUCUGAUGAUGUUGAGACUGUCCAGUUAUCAGAGCAGACAGUAAACCCUGGCCAGGAGAAAACGGGACCUCAGGAUUUUGAGUUGAGGAAAGUUCUCGGUAAGGGUGGAUAUGGGAAGGUGUUCCAGGUGAGGAAAAUCACCGGGCAAGAUGCCGGGAUGAUCUUUGCCAUGAAAGUCCUCAAAAAGGCUUCCAUCGUGAGAAACCAGAAGGACACGGCACAUACUAAAGCUGAGAGGAACAUCCUCGAGGCCGUUAAGCACCCAUUCAUUGUUGAUUUAAUAUACGCUUUUCAAACUGGUGGAAAGCUCUAUCUCAUUCUUGAGUAUCUCAGUGGUGGAGAACUUUUCAUGCAUUUGGAAAGGGAAGGGAUAUUUUUAGAAGACACUGCUUGUUUUUAUCUAUCAGAAAUUAUAUUAGCUCUGGAGCAUCUGCACCGACAAGGAAUUAUUUACAGGGACUUAAAGCCAGAGAACAUAUUGUUAGAUGCUCAAGGUCAUGUCAAGUUGACUGAUUUUGGGUUAUGUAAAGAGCACAUUCGGGAAGGAAUAAUGACACAUACUUUUUGCGGAACUAUCGAAUAUAUGGCUCCAGAAAUUUUAAUGAGAAGUGGUCAUGGUAAGGCAGUCGACUGGUGGUCCCUUGGAGCCUUAAUGUACGACAUGCUCACUGGCGCUCCUCCAUUCACAGCUGAGAAUAGGAAGAGAACUAUAGAAAAGAUCUUACGUGGGAAACUUGUACUCCCACCUUAUCUGUCGCCUGAUGCAAAAGAUCUCAUCAGAAAGCUACUGAAGAGGCAAGUUAUGCUCAGGUUUGGUGCAGAUCCGUCAGAUGCCUAUCUGAUAAAAAUCCAUUCAUUCUUCAAACAGAUAAAUUGGACCGAUGUCCUCAGUAGAAAACUCGACCCACCUUUCAAACCGUCUUUGACUGGUGAGGACGAUGUUUCACAAUUUGAUACAAAGUUCACAAAACAAACACCAAUCGAUUCACCUGAAGAUUCCACGCUAAGCGAGAGUGCGAAUCUUGUCUUUCAGGGUUUUACAUAUGUUGCACCUUCCGUUCUUGAGGAAAUGAACCGGCCUCCACGAAUUGUUAAGGCAAGGUCACCAAGAAAGGCUUCACAUCAACAACACCAUCAUUUGAUCCACCAAAUCCCCAUAGCACCGAUGAGAAACCCAUUUGCCUCGAGGCAACCACCACCAAUUCAUGACGACAUGAUGGAGGUUGUGUCCCAUACACCAAAUCACCUAGAAAUUCAUUAGCCUUGUUAAAAGUUGAAUAAUUUACAUAUGGCAGAUGCAGAUCUGUUAUUUGGCCGCCCGUGGUUGACCUGUUUAAAAAAAAAUUCUUCAACGAAUCCUUUAUAAAAUGAAUUCAGUUAUAUUUGAUGAAAAACAGCCUGAUAACACCAAGAAAUCUAUAAAAACUUGAAAUACAAGUUUUAUAGAUGUCCUCCGAGUUUAAGUAGUAGUUUAGCAUUAUUUAAACAAUUUGUCCAUGGGCACCACAAAUUUACCAUAAAGUGUUCGGAAUAGGAUCAUUGUUACCGGAAUUUAGAAUAGUUUUUUAAAUUUACUUUUCUUUUACUUCUUUUAUUUUUUAUUUUUAAGGGGUGUCUAGCUUUUUAAGAUAAGUCUAUGGUAACUAUUUGUACAGUCACAAAACCAAUGCACAAUUUUUGCUACAUUUAAAUGAAACAGUGAUUCACAUGUCUUCCAAAAAGGAAAAAACAUAAGUCAUUGUUAGUAAGAAAUGUUUUUUUUUUUUCUGAUCUUUGAACACAUACAAAUUUGUGAUGCUCUUCUGUAAAGUUUUUAUACAUGUUAAACAUAAGUUAUCAAUUAACUAGUUCAUUUUCUCUGCAUCUGCCUUGGUUUAUGAUAAUAUAGUCAUGUGUAUUUUUAAAAGAUGCAUCUCGACUUUAAAAGUUCUAGGAUAUAUGAUAAUUCAUAUAAACAGUUCAACAAUUCUUUUAUCAAGAGUGGUGGCCUUCAUUAUAUAGAUUUGUAUUAAGGGGUUAAAAUAAAAAAAUUAAAUAUAUAUAUAUACACAAAGAUUUUAUAUCAGGUAAAAUGUAUAGUGUUUUUGUUCCCCCUCCUCGUUUGAAAGAUAACUUUUACUGUUAUCUUAAUUUUAGGGGGUUUUAAAUUUGGAAAUUGUUUCACUUGGAAGUAGAGUUUUUGUUCAGUCAUUACAUAAGUUUUUCCUAUUGAAUAAUGUUAAUGACAAUACGUUAAAACGACAAUAUGACUUCUGACACUAAUAAUAAUUAUAAUGAAAACAACCCCCUUCCCUGUUCUAGUUUUUUUUUUUUUUCAUACAGAUCAUUAAACUUAUUUAAUUGAACCUUCCAACUUAUGUAAUGACUAGUAGUUAUGGAGAUGUUUCCGGAGGAGUUUGAUUUCUAAGGUUUAAAUCGUUUUCAUAAAAUUGUUAUAUAAAUAAAUAAUAUUUUUAAAUUAUAUAAAAUUUAAAUUCAAUUAAUUUUUGCAAUUUAUGUUACACAACCAUGUAAAAUUACUAAACAAUAUCAUGCAUGAUUUUCAUAAUAUCUAUUUUUAACGAUUUAAAAGUUUUAAAAUGAAAUCAAACUUCACUGAUAAAUUUUCAAUUCCAAUUUUGUUUGUCAUAUUAUGGUAAAUAGCUUUUUUUAAGAAUAGCCAAAUUGAAAAAUACUGCCAGAUGUAACAUAUUGUGAGAUAAACUCGCUUCUAGUUUGAAUAAGGUCAGCUUGAAAAAUUCUUUAUAUUCCAUUAUUGAUACUGUUAUCUGUCAUUUAUUAUUAGUAAAAGGUUUGGAUUUUUAUAUUAAUAAAAAAACUAUCGAAGAAAAAACAAGUGUAAUAAAAAGAUUUCAAUGGAUAUUACCUAUAAAAUAUUUUUUAAAUAAAUUAUCUUUGUGAAUAUACCAUUUUAUAAGGAUAAGUAAACAAGGAUUACGAUAUAGGUUAUUAUAAAUUAAACAUUAAUUUUGUUGCCUAGUCGUAAUUUUUAAUUAUGUGUGGCCUCAAGUGAUUGAUCAAUUGGGAAUUAUGCAGUACCUUUGUUUUUCUUAACAAUUUUCUUUUCUUAUUAAGCUUGUCAUGCAUGAUGUGCUCUAUGCUUUUUGAGAAUAAAACUUAUAUUUUAUUUUGUUAUUUUGUAAGCUUGGUGUUUCAAAAUGGUACUCUUUCGAAUUGUUUUUCAAUUGCAUAAUUAUUAUACAUAACAUUUCAAUACAUUUGUUAAUAAAUAUGGGUUAAUUAAUAUGGAAUAAUUAAUUACGAACAAAAAAGAGAGAUUAUGCACUUAUAUUUGAUGUACAUUGUAAAUAAUAUAUAUAUAAAACAAAAAAUAAUUAAUUUUGUGAUUACAAUUUUGUAGUUUAAUUUUACAUAGAUUUUAAAAAACUGGGAAAUCAAGGAUGAGGACAUAAAGGUAAAUAAAAAAAUUGUUUAUGGAUGUCGAGCUUUCGGCCAUCUUUGAGACCUUUCUCAGGACUCGAUUUAAUCAAAAGAUUAAAUAUUACAUAUAUAAAACUUUAUAACUGUUUAACAAACUUACUUGAAAACCUAUUUUAAAACUUGAUUAACUCUGAUAUUUUGUCAGAAGAAUUGGGAGCAUUCAACUAUUAGUUAUAUUGUUAGUUGUGUCAUAUGCUGUGAUCAAUUUCGAUAAAGCCAAAGAAAGUCAUUACAGGACAUUUUGUGAACCAUUGGCAUCAUUGUUGUGAUAGGUUACCUCUGGGGGCCUGACAACCACAUUUCCAGGUUAAUCUAAAAUUUUUAAAAUAGGUUUUCAAGUAGCUGAUGGUAGUGAGUUCGAAAACUGCUUGUGACCCAAACCUUUUUCAUCUCGAUCAAGACCUUAGAUAAAAAGAAUGACUAAUUAAUUGAGUUAAUCAAAAGUUUUUAAAAUAGGUUUUCAAAAAAGUUUGUUAAACAGUUAUAAAGUUUUAUAUAUGUAAUGGUUAGGGUAAAAUAGAAUACUGAGGGAGGCCGAAAACAAGGCCUCAUCCUGGAUGUCCCAGUUUUUUAUUAUUCAUCAUCGAAGUCUGAUACCAAACAACUAUAUUUACACAGAUUGUCAGGAAUUUUACAAAUUUCUUUAGAUUGAGAUUUUCGUGUUGUUUCAGGCUAGAUUUUGUUAGUACUAUAUUUUAUUAAAAGAUUUUUUUUAAUGAAAAUAUUUCCUAAUUUUCAAGAAAGAAUGAUACUCAAUUUUAAUCAUUCUUUGUCAAUCUCAAGACAUUAAAUGGUUUUCUUUUAAUUUUAUAAUUAGUAAUUUACAAGAAUCAAAGCUAAAAAGAUUUAUCAUCAUUUUGCCAAAACUGAUGGUUAAAAUGCCACACUGAUCCAUGCAAUCUAAUUUUAUUGUUUUUGUUCAUAUGUAUAUAAUAUCGUUGCGAUCAUACUAUAUUCAACAGCGAUAAUCGCAUUUAAUUAAUCAACUGAUGCAAACGGUAUACACAUUUAUAAUUAAUUACAAUCAAAGUCUUGUAUCUAAAUAAAUUGGUUGUUUUAAUGCCUUUUUGAA